GGAAGGAUAGCGAUUACCUAGAGCAUCGCACCACCUGCUCACCAGAGACCGGAGCACACACGCCUGGGCGCUUCUGGAAAGAGAUUUCCUUCCUCUCAACCUACCAGUUCUCAGGGUCAGGUUAGGGGUUUGUGGGAGGAGGUCUCACGGGGGCACAGGCCUAGGGCCCCAGCAGCUACAGCCGGGGGAGCACACAACAGAAAGCCGGGUGGUUCCCUCACCUCCAGGGAAGUUGAAACCACGCCCUUUCUACACUCAUCUCUGUCCAAGACUCAUACCCAUGUAUCAGACCCUGGCUGACCUUUUUGCUGACACCCAAAGGUCCCUGGCUGGCAUUUUCCAGGCAGUUACAGCCCUGGAAUUCCCCGUUCCUCUUUCUUGGAAGAGAACAGAGAAGUAGACGAGGAGCCUCCUGCAAGUCCUAGGCAAGUCUCUGGCCUUGAGCCCCUUCUCCAGCAAGGAACUCUCCUUUCUCCCUCCCAGGUGGCAACCUCUGAGGUUUGGUAACCUGGGGAACAGCACCAAUUGGGUCAGGAAGGAAGGGCCAGCCCGAACUGAAAUGGGAAUUACCCCCAAAGGUGUUGAAUCACCUUUUGUGGCAGCCAAGCCUUCUGGGGUUUGCUUUGCCGGCUCCAGCUCCAAAGAUCUUUCUCUGAAGAUUGCUGUCCUCAAACUGAAUAUAAAGCUCUUGAAGACACUAGAAUGAAAAAUAACUCUUGUUGGAACUGGUUUCACUUUUCCCUUCCAUGGUAUGGCAGCCUGUGGCUGGGCAUGAGACCCUGUUUCCAUAAAAUCUUGUCACUUUUAAAAUUCUCUUGUCCUGAAGGAUGAACCAAAUCACCCCUGGGGUCUAUGCUUUUUGUAAAAUUUUAAAGGUACAAACUUCCCUUGCUGAGACCUUGGGGUUCAGAAAUUUAUCCUUUCUUUUUCUCUUUUGAAAAUAAUAUUUGCUUGUUUGUCUACUUCUGAUUUAGGGCAUUUUAACCUGGGUUCUCGCUCCAAGGUUCCAAUGAGUGAGUAUUGCUGGGCCCUCGGAUUUCAGUCUUUCAAGUCAAGUCCCUGCAGGGGAUUGCUCUGGUAGAGUUAGGCACAUGCAUAGAAAGCUUGACUCAAAAGGAUGAAAUUUAUCAAGUAUCCAUUCUGUACAAGAUAUUGAUGGUACCGAGUUGAAGAUAUACGUGGUUAAGGUUAUCUUUAAGGUUGAUGCAGUCUUUUGGCAGAAAUGAAUACUCUUUCUCUUCCAAAAACAUUCUUAAUAAUUUAAAGAUGACUGAGCUUCCACCAAGAUGCUCUUCUUUGACUGCCCUGUUUUUUUCUCUCUCUAGGAGGGAGCAUUGACCAGUUCUCCUGUUAGCCCCAUGGCAGCCAUGCCACUCCAAGGCACCCAGGUCCAAGCCAGACAUGAAGCUCAGCUGAACCUGCUGGGUGAGGGGGGCAUCUGCAAGCUGCCAGGACGACUCCGCAUCCAGCCGGCGCUCUGGAGCAGGGAGGACGUGGGGCACUGGCUGCGCUGGGCCGAGCGGGAGUACUCUCUGCAGCGCACCUGGGAGCAGGAGUUUGCGAUGAACGGCCGCGCCCUCUGCAUCCUCACCAAGGACGACUUCCGGCGCCGUGCGCCAGGUUCAGGUGACGUGCUGUAUGAGCUGCUCCAGUACAUCAAGACCCAGCGGCGCUCCCUGGUGUGUGGGCCCUUUUAUGGAGAGGCCUCCUGGCAGAAGAUGUUCACUCAGCUCCACUCCCAUCCCCUGGAAGAGCUGGACUGCAGGACCGAAGGGAUCUGCUCCUUCCCCACGUUGCCACAGGCCCCCAUCGAUGGCAGGAUUGCCAACUGCCGGCUACUGUGGGAUUACGUGUAUCAGCUGCUCCUUGACACCAGGUAUGAGCCCUACAUCAGGUGGGAAGACAAGGACGCCAAGAUCUUUCGAGUUGUGGAUCCAAAUGGGCUUGCCAGACUCUGGGGAAACCACAAGAACCGGGUAAACAUGACCUAUGAGAAGAUGUCCCGUGCUCUGCGCCACUAUUAUAAGCUGAACAUUAUUAAGAAGGAGCCAGGUCAGAAACUCCUGUUCAGAUUUCUGAAGACUCCAGGAAGGAUGUCUCAGGGCAAGAACAGCUGUCUGGAACAGCUGGAGAGCCAAGAGUUCAAGGAUGAGAUUCCAGAAGGCUCUCUGUAAAGGGGAGGACACCCAGCACGCGGCACCAGAGGGACAGAGACUGUCUCUCCCAUGAAGACAGCUUCCUUCCUCCUCCCAGGGCAGCAGGAAUCCCCAGCCAGGUUUUGUACCCAUGGGAUCACAGCUGCUGCCUUGGGCCUCAAGGUUGCCUGGGGACCUGGGAGGUCUCACACCCAGGACAUUGGAGGUGGGAGUCAUCCUUUUGGUAAUACACCCCACCCCUUACUACCUGACCAGCUCUGAGAGGAAGCCAGGUGUGGAUAGGCAUCCAGCCCUACCCCUUUGGUUUACAGAAGAAGGGAAUGGCAGUCCCUCAUCCGUAAAAGGGGCAUGCUCAUAAAAACCCACCCUCAGGGGCUGCUGCACGAAAUGGGAGGCAGAAUUAGUGCUUUGGCAGCCUUUGUAAUAAUAAUGAUAAUGGUAACUGAUGUUUCUUAAGUGCUUACUAUGUGCCAGGUCCGUGCUAAAGGCCUUACACACAUUUCAUCUCCUUUAAUUCACAUGCCAACCCCUCAGGCUUAAAGAUGAGGAAAUGAAGGUAGAGGCUUGCAGGGCUGCAGCCUCUCUGGACCGUUUGCUUUUAGCGCCUCUGAAUGUAUCUGGGAGCUUCUCGGACAGAGGCCUCGGUCCUCCCUCUCUGCUCUCAGCCUCUUUACUUCCUAUGCCCCUGUGCCUCCAUCUGCCUUGUGAUCCUGGUCAAGAUGCUCUACCUCUCUGCAGCCUCAGGCUUCUUCUCUGUAAGGUGGGGAUGUUUCCCCUGACCUGACCUCACAGGGUUGCCAGAAAGCUCCAAUGAGGCGAGAUUUGUGAGGUGCUUAAUAUAUGCUUGGUCUGCAGGGAGCACUUCAUCUGUGUUAGCUGCAAACCAAAAGUUGCUCUAAAGCAUGAAAACUCUUCUAUUCUGUGGGUUCAGCUUCUUCCCUUUGCUCUCCAACCCCAGUACUCAGCAGACCCGCAGGUAAGGAUGGGGAGAAAGAGUAGGGAGUGUUUUCACUGAAACGAAACAGAACUUCUUGGAUUCGCAUCUUCUUUCUCGGAAGGAGAAAGCCACUUCUGCCUCUUGCUCUCAGAAGGUCAGGAAAUCCCCUGGUCUCUGACCGAGGCUGCCCUGGCCUUGAGCCCCUGUACAAGAGAAGUUGAUAAAGACUCUUAGACUUUGGGACUCAAAGCAGUGACAGCUCAUGAAGAGGGAAACUCCUGGCUGAGUCAGGUCUGUACAAAGAGCUUCAGUAGGAAAAUGCUUGGCCCCUUCCCUUUCCCUCUGAGACUGUUCCAUCUCCUUGAUUUUGCCCCGGGAUGAACCCAUGGGCCACAGCUUUUCUCUUUACCUGCUCAACUCAGGAGCACUGGGAGAAACUGUUGAAAUCCAGUUGUCUGGGCCUCAUCUAUAGAUAAAGGCACUGAGGCCAGAGGGAAGAAACUUGCCCAGAUCACAAAGCCCCACCAGGCAAAUGUCCGGGCUGCCAGCGCUGCCGUAUUUCUUCAGUCUCAUUGCCACGCUCAUGGGUCCAAGAUGAAGAGGUUUAACAACAGGAUGGAUUUUUAGGUCAUUCCUUCCAGUUACAACAGUGGCAUCUGCCUGCUUGUGUGUUGAUGGUAGUCAACAACCGCCUUCCCAGGGGCUAUGCCUUACUCCAUGGGUCUUGCCCAGCAUUGUGACCAUCAGGGCCAAGAGUGGAAAUCUGGGAGGGCAGGUGUGGGCAAGUUCACUGCCCCAGCCCCCCGGAUUCUGGAGCUCUCCACUGGGCUGUAGGGCAAGCUCCAUCCUUCCUCUUGCUCAGAAACAUUAGGCCUUUCUCUGGAGAUGGCUCCCUGCAUUCUAGUAAUAAAUGGUUUUGUUUGGGUCUUC